AUGGACCAGAACUACAACUACAACCAAGAGCAUAUGAACUUCGACAGCGCUUCUGGUGUCGGCCAACAGUACGCUCCCGUCUAUCCUUUCCUCCAGGAGAGGUUCGGACCAUCCACACCACAACACAUAGACGAGACCUCAGCUCCGCAUUACGGCUUUCAUAACCAGGGCACAAAUGGCUACGACACGUUCAUGUCUGAUGUAAUGCCGCAUGGUGCUCACUACGAAGGGUACCAUAGACCUAUGACGCCGGAGAGCACACCACAUCCUAUCGAGUCGAACGAUGCCCAGUUUCAUGUUUCAGUUGAAGAACCGCACCAGUAUACUGCAGAUAUGGAAGAGGAAGAGCCAGAAUUCCCCCCAGACUUCUGGAAGACUCUGGUUGAUUUCGAGAUCCCGGACUUUACCCAGACUUCUAUCACCAACAUACCCGGUAUUCAAGCCUUAUAUGUCGCCCACCUGGACCGCUAUAGACCAGUGUCAACUGCGACAAACGCAACUCGCAUGCAGUACGCCAAAGCGCUCGCCUUUGUUCUCCUCACGCACUAUUAUUCCCCGUCACAUAAUUACACGGUGGUACCCACUCCCCCCGGACCCGUAGCAAAGUACGGGAUGAACUUCAUCUUAGCUGCCGACGAUAAGUCAGAUAUCUGGAAAGAGUUCCACAAGAACAAAGGCAGGGCUUUUCGCCGCAAAGUCCCAACCAAGAAGGAGCUCGAGAGGGCGGAGAGAGAAGAGCAAGACGCCAAGGUAGCAGAGUACGCCCAAGGUAUUACGCAACUCUUCAACCUGCAGUGGGAUCAUAUCGCGCCUGAGGACAUCGCCGCUUUCGUGGUCAUGCGCAAGACGAUAGCAACGAAUACUGAGACUGGUGCGGUCACGCACGAGCAGCAUCCGUAUACUUACCUCGCCAUCAUGAUCGACAACUUCGAGGAAGUCCCACGCCUCUCCACGAGCAACACCAUGCACCGCAGCGACGUUCUCACUGAUGCCCUGUGCCGAGGCGGCAACAUCCAGAACGGUCACGGCAUGUUGCUGUACGGUCCGCGUCUAGAGUUCUACGCCUUUGAUCGCGGAAACGAUUGGGUCUACCUUGACGACGAAGAAGAGAGUGAGCAGGGAACUCAGGAUAUUGAACCGAAGAUGGAGUUGCUGUCAUCGGGUGGCCAAGCUUUGGAAAUGGAUCUGCGCACUACCGGCCUUGAUAUGGUUGAUGUAGCGUUUCGAGAUGUCGCUGUCAGAGAGGUGGUUUAUGCAGCCGAACCAGAGGCUAUUCCGGCCGAGGAUGCAGGUUCAUCACACGGUGAGGACGAGAUGGAGGAGUACUAG